CACAAUGGCGGAUCUGCUAGUCCGCGUUCCUGCCGCGAGGCGAAGCCGUCGUGCCCUGCCUAUCCGGUUACCAUAGAGAUCAGCUGGCCAGCCCGACGGCGCGAGCGCGCCCAGCUGUUAGGCGGCGUCUGCUGGAGUUGCGCUCCAGGGAGGAGAAAACCUUGCAGGGUCUCAUCCGAUGCUGCAGGGCUCGCCGGGACACGUCGGACGAUAAUGGACGUGCUCGCGUUGCUGGAUGUGAACGCGCUGGCCAGCGGACUGUCCAGCCUGUCGAUGUUUCCGUACUUUGACACGGCGCACUACGUCGUGUCGGUGAUGGCGUUAAGAGAGCAGCCAGGAGCGUUGGAGGUGUCUCAGAGGAGCCCCUUGGCCUGUUGGUUCAGCUCCAUGCUCUACUCUUGUUGUUGAUGUUGUUGUUGUUGAUGUGUACAGGAGCGUUGGAGGUGUCUCAGAGGAGCCCCUUGGCCUGUUGGUUCAGCUCCAUGCUCUACUGUUUCGGCGGUGCGGUGCUGUCAGGCAUCAUCAUGGCUGAAGCUCCCGUUGCCCCAUUGGCUAACAGCACCAACGUGCUGCUCGCAACACUCAUGUGGUAUCUGGUGUUUUACUGCCCCCUGGAUGCCGUCUACUGUUGUGCCACCAUGUUACCUGUCAGGCUAGUGCUGACAGGCAUGAAGGAAGUGACACGCACCUGGAAGGUUCUGGGCGGAGUCACGCAGGCCAGCAGGAAGUACAAAGAUGGCGUGUUUGUCAUGAUUGCAGUGGGCUGGGCUAAAGGUGCUGGUGGUGGUCUUAUGAGUAACUUUGAGCAACUGGUUCGUGGCAUUUGGAAGCCAGAGACCAACGAGUUGUUGAAGAUGUCCUACCCGACCAAGGUGACCCUGCUGGGGGCGCUGCUGUUCUCCCUGCAGCAGUGUGGCUACCUGCCCCUGCAGACGGCCCAGCUGGUUCUCCUCUACACCGCCUUCAUCGUCACCAACAAGGUGAGGAUGAUGCUGAUGGGCUCCUCUUCCUCUCCAUUCGCCCCCAUAGAGUCGGCCUUUCACAAGCUCUUGUUCGCUCGACCCCUGACCUCUCCCACCCAGCCCCGGAGCCCCGCCCGUCCCCGGCUCGCAGACCCUGCCCACGUCUCCGAGGCAGCCGGCAAAGGCGCAUCGGGCACGUCUAACGGCUCUCCGCUCCCCAGCGCUAGCGAAGCUGCCAAAGACCACCGAGGGUCGGAGAGUUCCAAGAAGACCAACUAGCGCCUGGUUUCUUUGCCCUUCCUCCGCGCAGGGUCGGGUCCUCCUCGUCACUUCAGCCUGUAGCGUGUGGUGAUGAAGGGUCCCGGCACCUGGGUCUUCUUCGGCUGACUCUGUCAUAAUUGCAUGGCCGAAUCCUUAAUGAAACCUUCAGGGAAAACGCUUUAAUCAUCCCGAAUUCUUUUCUCAGAAUGAUUUUUUUUUUUUUUAAUCUGUAAAUUUGGUCUGGAUCUGUACAUAUUUGCUAUUUUGAAAUGGUAACGAUUUUACACAGACGAUCCUGUAAUUGCGAUUUGUACUUUCUAUUAUUUAUAUUCAAAGAAACUCAUUUACGAAUGUAACGAUUUAAAACGCUGUCUCGGACUUGGCUUUGUAUCCUGCUUACAGUUCAGAUGAAAUGAAAACACUGUGAACGAAAAGUGCAUUUAUUCGUACGUCGCAUGUCUGUUCGGCGAACUUCCAGGCGGCUUCCGACACAUCCACAGGUUUCUCGCGUAUCCAGGCGUCCGCAGGGACCCCGUUCUGGACCCCGUCCCGCUCGUGGUGGUCCGAGGUGAACUACAGCAGUAAUACGGUCCUUCACCAACUCUAAGCUGGGUGGGAUCGGGAGUGUUGUUGCUCCGUCGCAAUCAUGGAAAAAAGCGGCGAAGCAGCUCGGUGUUCCCAGGGGAGAUGGUG